AUGAAAACAAUCAUCUUAUUCUCACUUGCAUUCAUCUUCGCAGUCAAUUCAGCUCCUGCUCCUGCUCCCGUGCUCGAUACGCAUGGAAAAUACCUCCGCGCAGGGGUCGGAUACAUACUUAUUCCACUAGAUGGUCUAGUUGGCGGACUCUAUGUGAGGGACUUAGGGAAAAAGUCUUGCUCACCUGGAGUUGUACUAUCCUAUAACCACGAGGAUAGCCUCCCAAUGACUUUCGCUCCAGUCAACCCCAAGAAAGGCGCGAUCCGUCUUUCCACAGACGUUAACAUACAGUUCUCAGGCUCCACAACUUGUGACGAGUCAAACAUAUUGAGGUUGAAAUAUGAUAAAGGUAUGAAGCAAUAUGCUGUGAUGGCGGGAGGUGUUGAAGGAAAUCCAGGACCAGAAACAUUGGAUAACUGGUUUAAGAUUGAGAAAACGAAUGACGGUUAUAAGUUUGUUUACUGCCCGAGUGUCUGCAGCUACUGUAAUGUUACGUGCAGCGAUGUUGGAAUCGUUGAAGACAAAGAUGGUUGGCGACGUUUGGCACUCAGCAAUAAGCCGUUGUCUUUUGGCUUUUUCAAAACUUACUAGUCCGACACCAGUCUUACUGUUUCAUGGAUGCUUGAAUAAAUUAAACAUAUGCAACCAUGUAUAUGUUUGAAACCCAUGUAUACAUAUAACAAGAUAUAAUAGCGAAGACCGAAAAUGGUCUAUUAAGAACUGAUGAAUCUGUACUUUGUCUUUAUUAUCUUUUAAGAUUUUGUGAUCCA